AUGGACUUCAACACAAAACUGACGAGAGACGAGUUCCCUCACAUUGAUGAUCACCAUCACCGUCCCCACCAAACUCCAAUCAAUGGGUUUCUCGACUACUGCAGUGGUGCUAACAGCUUCUCCACGGAAGGAUUCCCUUCUUCUUCAUCGACCCCAUCUCGAAACAAACCAAAAUCGUGUUCGUCCGUCAGCUUCCCAACACCACCUUCUCCUUCGAGUACCGAUCCCAUUCGAGAUCUAGCAAGGGGGUUCUCACCGUCAUCAACCAACAACAACCACCAUCACCACUACCAUUUCCAUUACCAUAGUCACGAACUGCUCAUUCCAACUCGUCCCGACGAGAUCAAUUUAAACAAUGAUCCUUCCCUAAAAAGGAUUGACGAGGAUGGCACGAUGGAGAAAGAUCAAGAAAUUCAACAGGAGCAAAGUAAUGAUGACGAGACAUCAAUGCUAGUGAUGAAGGGGAAAGAUGGAUCAUCUUUAUCAGGGCAGCCUUCGAAGAGAUCUGCAUUCAAAGGCCAAUGGACCCUUGAAGAAGACAAAAUGCUGGUUCAAUUGGUGGGCGAGCAUGGACUCAAGAGUUGGUCUCAAAUUGCGAGGAUGCUUGGUGGCAGGAUUGGAAAACAAUGUAGAGAAAGGUGGCAUAACCAUUUGAAGCCAGAUAUCAAGAAAGAUGCAUGGAGCAAGGAAGAAGACGAGAAGCUAAUCCAGGCCCAUAUGGAGAUGGGAAACAAAUGGGCCGAAAUCGCAAAGCGACUCCCGGGCCGGACCGAAAACAGCAUAAAGAAUCACUGGAACGCCACCAAACGGCGCCAAUUCCCUUCCACCCGCCGGAACUACCGGUCCCCUGAACCCUCCGCCUCCGCCGCCGCCCUCAAGGACUACAUCCACGCCGUCACCUCCCUGUCCUCUCCCAGCGUGGAGAAGAAGAUUCUCACUCCCGCGCCAUCGAAUUGGGCGAAAAAAGGCAACUUCGCCGCAGGGUCGUCGUUGUCUAGGGAAUCCGAAGCUCCUGCCACCGCCGUCAUGUACGAUCUGAACGAGGCGUCGGAGCCGCCGUUCCUGUUUGCCGGCGACAGUGAUUCUGAACUCGGCAGCGUUAGGUUCGGGUCUGCUAUGGAAAUGCAGGAAUCUUCGUUUGCUGAUAAUCGUAAUGCGAAUUCAUUUGGGAUGUCGAUUGAUAGUUACGCCGGCAGUUCGGCGAUGGUGAGGCCCAGCAAAGGCGAGGAAGAGAGGGAGGAUGCGGUUGAGAUGGAUUUUCUGGAUAUGCUGAUUCACCAGUGUUAA